UGCCUUCUGACAAACAUCAGUCAUAGCAAGCUGUUAUUUUAUUUAUUUGACGACAAACUUUAAUCUUCAAUAUGCGUGAGUGUAUCUCUGUUCAUAUCGGCCAAGCUGGUGUCCAGAUGGGCAAUGCCUGUUGGGAGUUGUACUGUUUGGAACAUGGAAUCCAACCCGAUGGUCAGAUGCCAUCAGAUAAAACUAUUGGGGGAGGAGACGAUUCCUUCAACACAUUCUUCAGUGAAACGGGAGCUGGUAAGCACGUACCAAGAGCUGUGUUUGUUGAUUUGGAACCAACGGUUGUAGAUGAAGUAAGAACUGGUACAUACCGCCAACUCUUCCACCCUGAGCAACUCAUCACCGGUAAAGAAGAUGCUGCCAAUAACUACGCUCGAGGUCACUACACCGUGGGUAAAGAAAUCAUUGAUCUGGUUCUCGACAGAAUCAGGAAAUUGGCUGAUCAAUGUACUGGUCUUCAGGGAUUCCUCAUCUUCCACAGUUUUGGUGGUGGAACCGGUUCUGGUUUCUCAUCUCUUCUUAUGGAACGAUUGAGUGUCGACUAUGGCAAGAAAUCCAAGUUAGAAUUCGCCAUUUACCCAGCCCCACAAAUUUCCACUGCUGUGGUUGAACCCUACAACUCUAUCCUGACAACUCACACCACACUGGAACAUUCUGACUGUGCCUUUAUGGUUGAUAACGAAGCUAUUUAUGACAUCUGCCGCCGUAACUUGGAUAUUGAACGUCCAACCUACACCAACCUGAAUCGUUUAAUUGGUCAGAUCGUCAGCUCCAUCACCGCCUCUCUACGAUUUGAUGGUGCUCUUAAUGUUGAUCUUACUGAGUUCCAGACCAACUUGGUUCCCUACCACGUAUCCAUUUCCCUCUUGCUACCUAUGCCCCAGUCAUCUCUGCUGAGAAAGCCUACCAUGAACAACUGACCGUUGCUGAAAUCACCAACGCCUGUUUUGAACCCGCCAACCAGAUGGUAAAAUGUGAUCCUCGCCACGGCAAGUACAUGUCUUGUUGUAUGUUAUACCGGGGAGAUGUUGUUCCCAAGGAUGUUAAUGCUGCCAUCACCACCA